CGCCAUUCCGAGCGCUAAAACAGGAAAACGCUGACAUGUGACGCUUAAAAAGCUGGGACAGUAUCUACAAAUGAAGUUCUCUCAAAACCUAGAUAUGGAUUAAAUUUGUUAUCUACCUUCUACAGCUAUGGAGCCUACUGCUGCAAUUACCAAAUUUUACACGUUUUGUGGAUAAAAAGCGGACGGCUUAGCUGAUUUGGAUAUUAGAGAAAAAGUACUUCUUCUUUAUAACAAAACAUUGGCAUUGUGAGGCGACCGAAGGAGGAAAGAACAUUUCCCAUGCCAUCGGUAUUUACGCGGAAAUCGAAGACGAAACCGGUCGUACAACUCCAAACCUGCCAAACAACAGGCCAUAGUGCACCUUUGAAUAGCCCGUUAGAAGGCGACCAGCUGAAAUGUCCGUUGAAACCCAGCCUUACCUACAGUUCGACUCUGAAUCGAAUAGCUGUCAGAGCCAGUAGCGCCUCGCCACGACCGCACUCCUACGGACGUCGCCUGACCGGAGUAACUGUGACCUUUGAGUCCACCCUGCCCACUCAAGUAUGGCAGGCAUCUCCUAGUCCGUCGCCACCAUCUAUCAGCCCCACUGCUUUCCUACGAGAUAACCGAAUGAUAGUUUCCGUCUCAGAUGAUUGGAGCAUCCGCGAAUCUUGUUUGGAAAAUCACAAGCUUCCAAAGCCAUCCAAGUGUCGAUCAGCUUCUUUUCCCAACUGGCUUUCUCACGAAGCGGAUACGGAUGAUAGCAGCGACGGGACCAGUCCUUCUGGACUGACUCAUCAGUCAACCAGUAGCACCUGUUCUAGCAGUGAUGAGUCUAUCACAGGUGGUACACGACAAAUCAGGCAUAAGAACAGCAGUAGUACGGCUACUGCCACAACCGACAGCAGUUCCAGUUUAGACAUGCGGUUGGUUCGUGCAGCAGGUGAUUCCAGUGCGACAUCAACCACCAAAAUUCGGCGCCGACUCCAUGGGAGCCGAACCUUUGGGACGGAAAAGCGAGGACAUAAAAAGAACGAGGAGAAGAAGCGGCGGCCGGUACCACUGAGUGCUGGCGAUGGCACCGACAGCAGCAGUAGCAGCAGUAGCGAAGAUGACGAUCUGGAGGCAUUAGGCUGGGAUGAGAAGACCAUAUCGGCCGCAAUGAUUAGCCGAAGUGCCAAGGCCAGGAAGCAUGUACUGUCUGGUUUACCCGUUUUGAAUUCAAAUUCAAACGGAAAAUCACACAAUAAAAAGUUGUCAGUUGUUCAGAAACAACAGAAAACCGAUGGAAACCUCGAAUCAGUGCCAAGUGUGAGUCUUACUGUGCAAUCUGUCAACCAACUUUCCCAUCCACAGUCCUGUCUUUUGGUUCGCCGACACAAUAAACCGGGAGUUACGGGUCCCAUAAACUAUACCAGCCCCACGGUUCUGCGAUCUGGUAUGGCGGAACGGAGUUUGGGUACAGUCUACGUAGAUCCCAAACGGGCGUUCAAUACAGAACUCUUGGCGGUUAUCACAAAUGAUUACAAGCCGCUUUCAGAGUGGGAGCAAGAAUACAAGGUACUUCCUGUACGAAAAGGAGAACAUGUGUGUGUUCUUAGUCAACCUAUGCAAAGCAGGCCAACAAAUGGGACGAGCGAUACUCACCACAAACCAGACCACUCCCGGGAUAAUAAUGAGUCAAAUACAUGGUUGUACGUAAGGCGAUGGUGCGUGGACCAUUUGGUUGCAACCGGACCACCCGGAUUCGUUCCCCGACACCACUGCCGACUACUCCCAAGCAAAGAGAUUCUAGGCUUGUGGCAACAAAGUCAACUAUUUCGAAGUAACAACGGCUCUUGUUUUACCACUCCAACGGAUAUGAAAGCAAAGGUUAUGCCAGUUGCACCAACAACCUCAGAACUAUCAGACUUGGCCCAUCUUCGUUUGGAUGAACAAUCGAAACUGAUGGUCCGUUACCCAUUUGUCCGUCCCAAUGUGGAACUGGACACUUUUCAUCCUGCACCUCCAAAACUCAUGGUGGCUCAUCCUCAGGUUCCUCCGCCCCCGGCUGGGUUUGGCUCUGGGUGUUCUUUCGGCGGAUCCGAGACGGAAGAUCGCGACUCUGGUAGAGGGCCUAGUUCCGGUUCAGAAUGGAGUAGUGGUAAAGGUGGGAGUUUGAAUGUAACCUUGGACAGAUCCACAGCGGUGGAUAAAACACGUACUGAAGCUGGACUUCAGAGAAGGUCAGAUGUCCAAUCUGGUAAUAGCUCCGAUCGGUGUCGGAAUACCAACAGUGCAGAGGAAUCUCAGCUUGGAUGGUACACCACUGACGGGUCAGUCUUCUCUAGCGGGCAUAGCUCAAAUCGCGAAGAAGACGUCUAUUCGCAUGAAACAGUUGCACAGACUAGUUCCACAAGUGGGGAGCUCCCACAUGAUCAGGUUUCGUCACUGAGUCAGCAAACUUUGCCCAAGCAGUCCACCCAAGCACCUUCAUCGUCAGCCAUCACCCUGACCACUUGCACAGGCCAUGCACCGGUGCUGGAACUUCGAACAGGUGGAACACCAACGCUACAUGCUAAAGUCACUAACAACACAGGUACAGACAGUUUGGUUACCAGCACAACUACUUGUACAACACUGGUUGAUAGCAAAGCAGAAUUGUCCGAUACAGAUGUGGUGACAAGCCGUGAUUCGAUGUCUAGCGUGAAUCCUGCUUUAUGGGAACCAUACAAAACAGUUAUUCAUGUGAACGAGAACAGCAUGGAGAAGUUCACUCUCGUGUAA